GGCAUGGGGGGCCUGGGGGCUCGGGGAGGUGGCCCCCGCGCAGAACCUGCCACCUGCAGCCCCGCGGCCCUCGCCUCCGCCCCGACGCCGGCGGCAGUGCCUGGGUCGGCUCUGCGCACCGCCGCGGUCCGACUUUCUUCCUGGGCCGCGGUGUCCCUCGGCAGUGCCAAGGAAGCAUGCCCCACAGGCCUGUACACCCACAGCGGCGAGUGCUGCAAAGCCUGCAACCUGGGUGAGGGCGUGGCCCAGCCCUGCGGAGCCAACCAGACUGUGUGUGAGCCCUGCCUGGACAGCGUGACGUUCUCUGACGUGGUGAGCGCCACGGAGCCGUGCAAGCCGUGCACCGAGUGCGUGGGCCUGCAGAGCAUGUCGGCGCCAUGCGUGGAGGCAGACGACGCUGUGUGCCGCUGCGCCUACGGCUAUUACCAGGACGAGACGACAGGUCGCUGCGAGGCGUGCCAAGUGUGCGAGGCGGGCUCGGGCCUCGUGUACUCGUGCCAGGACAAGCAGAACACCGUGUGCGAAGAGUGCCCCGAUGGCACGUACUCUGACGAGGCCAACCACGUGGACCCGUGCCUGCCCUGCACCGUGUGCGAGGACACCGAGCGCCAGCUGCGGGAGUGCACGCGCUGGGCGGACGCCGCGUGCGAGGAGAUCCCUGGCCGUUGGAUUACACGGGCCACACCCCCAGAGGGUUCAGACAGCCCAGCCCCCAGCACCCAGGAGCCCGAGGGACCUCCGGAGCUAGACGUCGUAGCCAGCACUGUGGCAGAUGUGGUGACCACAGUGAUGGGCAGCUCCCAGCCCGUGGUGACCAGAGGCACCGCCGACAACCUCAUUCCCGUCUAUUGCUCCAUCCUGGCCGCUGUGGUUGUGGGUCUCGUGGCCUAUAUUGCCUUUAAGAGGUGGAACAGCUGCAAGCAGAACAAGCAAGGAGCCAACAGUCGGCCGGUGAACCAGACGCCCCCACCCGAGGGUGAAAAACUCCACAGCGACAGCGGCAUCUCUGUGGACAGCCAGAGCCUACAUGACCAGCAGCCCCACACGCAGACGGCCGCAGGCCAGGCCCUCAAGGGUGAUGGAGGCCUCUACAGCAGCCUGCCCCCAGCCAAGCGAGAGGAGGUGGAGAAGCUGCUCAACGGCUCUGCGGGGGAUACCUGGAGGAACCUGGCGGGCGAGCUGGGCUACCAGCCCGAGCACAUAGACUCCUUCACCCAUGAGGCCUGCCCUGUCCGUGCCCUGCUUACCAGCUGGGCUGCCCAAGACAGCGCAACGCUCGACGCUCUCCUGGCUGCCCUGCGCCGCAUCCAGCGAGCCGACAUUGUUGAGAGCCUGUGCAGCGAGUCCACGGCCACAUCCCCCGUGUGAGCCGACCAGAGCCCCUACCCUGUCCCCACAUUCCGAUGACUGAUGCUGCAGCCAUCCCCCCAUGGAGCCCGCCCCAGGCAGGUGACCGCCAGAGCCGAGCACCACUUGGCACGGCCUGGAGCUCAGGCCCCCACAGCCCUGUUGCUGCUCCCCGUGAGGCCCCUUUGCUUCUGGCUGAACUCCCUCUCCAGCAAAAGAAGUGCCCUGCCGCCUCCCCCAUGCCCACCCUGCCCCAACACCGCCUCAGGCCUUCUACUCCCUUCUCUCCACUUGCCUAGGUGGGCCAGCCUCCCCCCGUCCUAGCCGGUGUCGUAUCUGGGGCUGACAUACACCAGUAAUGGUA